AAAAAAAAAACUCUGGAGCUAAAUCCCAGCCCAGCUCAAAGAUUCAACGCGUCAAAAAGCUUAAAAAACCCAGACACGUGUACGGAAGGUACCCGAUCUGACCUAUCACAGAUUUGUAAUUGUAUCAAUUUACAAUUUUCUGGUCUAAACGCCGGAACCCUCCCAGUCUCCAAAACCCAGUUGAGAGGCGGAUUCAAAUCCGUUGCAGGUGGUUCUAACUACGUAGCUGAGAAUCAAAACCGAAGGAUGGAUGCCACGUGGAUAUCAGGGUCUUUAUCAUCCACGUCAGAUAAAACAGCUUCUCUCUUGCAUACUGAACUGAUUGACUAUAUACAUAUUUUUUGAAAAAAAAUAUUUAUUAAUUAAAAGGAAAAAUACCAACCAAUCUCUCCGUCCGUGUGCUGUGCUGCUACUGAAAUGGAGAUGGACGGAACACAGUACAAUCCGAGAACAGUGGAGGAGAUCUUCAGAGAUUUUAAGGGCCGUAGAGCCGGCAUGAUUAAGGCUCUAACCUCUGAUGUUGAAGAAUUCUACCAGCAGUGCGAUCCUGAGAAGGAGAAUCUUUGCCUUUAUGGAUACCCAAAUGAACAAUGGGAAGUCAAUUUACCUGCUGAAGAAGUGCCUCCUGAGCUCCCAGAGCCUGCAUUAGGUAUUAACUUUGCCAGAGAUGGGAUGCAGGAAAAGGACUGGUUGUCUCUGGUUGCUGUUCACAGUGAUGCAUGGCUACUUGCUGUGGCGUUCUAUUUUGGUGCCAGAUUUGGUUUUGAUAAAGCUGACAGGAAACGUCUCUUCGCUAUGAUAAAUGAUCUUCCAACAAUUUUUGAGGUUGUGACUGGAAGUGCAAAGAAACAGGCAAAGGAAAAGUCAGCAGUUUCAAAUCACAGCGGUAACAAAUCCAAGUCAACCUCAAAAGGGCGUUCUUCUGAAUCUGGCAAAUUGUCAAAGAGUGUACAGCCAAAGGAGGAUGAUGAGGGAUUGGAUGAGGAGGAUGAGGAAGAGCAUGGAGAUACCUUAUGUGGGGCAUGUGGAGAGAACUAUGCAGCAGAUGAGUUCUGGAUUUGUUGUGACAUAUGUGAGAAGUGGUUCCAUGGAAAAUGUGUGAAAAUCACUCCAGCCAGGGCUGAGCACAUCAAGCAGUACAAGUGUCCUUCCUGCAGCAACAAGAGAGCUCGGCCUUGAUACAAGAGAUGAUUGAGGCAGAGGCAAUGAUGAAUGUGAAGGCAGGCAGGAGUUGUGUUAUAUGGAGUGGAGGAAAGGACCCUAGUGCGAUGGCUUGCUUGCUUUUUUAUAGCAAAGCAUUAUUGCUUGCUUUCCUUUAGAGUGGAGUGGUGGGGGAGAGAAAAGAUAUAGCAAUCAUGUGACAAGGACUGGUUGGGAAUUCAUGGGGAUAUCUACAUGCAUAAUUUGCCCCACUAUGUCUGUAGUGCCGUAGUGGUCACCUGCUUUUAUUGUUGAAAAAGGUAGAAAAUUCAAUUCCUUAUUUGGUACUGGUUCCAGGGGGUGACGUGCCUGAAAAUAUUAUGGCGUUUGGUGUGAAAAUGUUUUAUUAUUUUGAGAAUCAGUAGAAAUAAAUUAUUAUUAUAUUUAAUAAA